GAAAAGGGAAAAGGGGGUAAACCAAAUCCUGUCCCUACGCCGCGAGUCCCAACCUCGUCUUCCUUCUUCCUCCCAUCCUUCAUUUGAAACCAAAAAUGGUGAUCACUCACUAAUUUUUCCUUUUUCGAAUCCCAAUUCGAUGUCAAUUAUUAAUUCUCAAACAAACGCUCUCUACAUUUUUUUUUGAAUUCUUUAUUAUUAUUAUUAUUAUUUUAUAUCUCUGAACCCAGCAGCGAGAUUCACAAUUCAGAUUUCACAGUCACGUGACCCGCACGCUCUCCUUGUUCCUUUUCUCUUUCCCGCCCUCAGAAAUAUUAACCCUGCGCCACAUUUCAAAUUCUCCCUCACUUUUUCCACUAUUUUUUUUCUCGAGACAAAAAAAAAGUGUGUCUACAAAACAACACUCUCGUAGAGAGAGAACGGUUCAUCGUUCAGUUCAAUUCAACUACCCGCCGGCGCCGCUAGCGAUGGCGGACUCCGGCAGUGACUUCGCCGGCAUCAUUUGUUCGAUCUGCUACGAACCCCUCAACCCCAUUAACGAGGAUCUUCAAUCGGUCUCCAUCUGUGGCCACGUUUUUCACGAGCUUUGUCUACAGCAGUGGUUCGAGUACUCUUCGAAAGGGAAGAAGCACACUUGCCCCAUUUGCAAACAGGGUUGCAGGGCCAGUGACGCGUGCAGGCUCUAUUUUCAGUCAGUGGGAGAUGCGAACAAUAGUGUGAAGCCUUCGAAGUGCUUUGAACUUGAGGAAGAUGCUGGGGUUCUGCGUAGGGAAGUGAAGAGAUUGGAGGUGAAAGUUUCGGGGCUUAAUUCUCAGGUUGAAGGGCAAACAAAGGAGUUAGAAGGACUCAAUGAGGAGCUUUGUACUUGCAAGGAGCAGGCAAAGAUAGAGACAGCUUUAAAGAAUGAGGCUUUAAAUCAAAAAGCAUCUAUACAAUUCCAGCUUCAAAUGAAAUCAGAGGAGCUUGAGAAGUCAACUUUGGAGUGUUUUAGAUUAAAAGAAAGGAAUAUGGCUUUGGCUAAAGAACUUGCAGCAUUAAAAUUAGUAUCUGAUCUGGACAUUGAUGAAGAGGAGGUUUUGAAGCUUGCCACUUUGGGUAAUGGGGCCAACAGUAAAGACACAAUAGAUACAUUGAAAAGAUCUCUGGUCAUGCGGAAUAGGAGUUACAAAGAAUUGAUGGCCAAGUGCAAUAUUCUUGGAAGAGGUGAGGCUCGUUAUAGCAAAAAGCUUGAGAAGGCUAAAGAGAAGAUCACAAAACUGAAGGAGAGGGUACAAGAACUGGAGACAUUAGCUGAAUCAAAAGAGAACAAAUAUCUGAGGUCUCUGAAACUUUCAAAAAUAACAAAGAGUUCAAAGAAUCUCGAAGAAAACAUCAAAUCUGAUUCUGAGGUAUUGACAGCGUGCAAAUUUUCAUCAAAAGAACAAAGCAAACAAAUUUCAAUACCCAAAUCUGGAAUAGACCUGACUGCAAACAACAACAGUAAAUCUUUUCAAUCUUUCAAGAUAGAGAACUCCAAUGUUACUAAAAAUAAGACUGUGAAUAUUAGUAAUGGAAGUAGAAGUACCUUUUCUCUUGAUAUAAAAAGAGAGUAUAUCUCAAUUGAUGACAAUGAUUCAGAAGGCACUAAUGCUUUGCAAGGAUGUUCAAAACACAACUACAAAGAUCAAGACUGGGAUGAUAUUGCUUUUAGCAAGCCUUCUCUUGUGAAGCUAGAGCCUGUGUCUGGCAUAAAGGCUGAAACAUCAUUGCAAGGAAAAUGUACUUUGGCUGAGUCUCCCAGAGUUGAUAUUGACAUUGACAUGGCUAACAUUUCAGCUGGUGCUAUGGAUGAAGAUGUAACCUUACAAGCCAACAUUAAACAACCCAUGGUGAACAUUAGGAAGGAGUCACCAUUAACACUUUCAAAUUCAGCUCCAGGGAGCAUCUGCUUUUCUGGUGGAUUGCUUGGUCCUGAUGGAACUCAUCGAUACUUGGGUAAAUGGUGCAAACGAGGACAGAACAGUGAACCAUCAUCUGCAAAACGAUCAAGUGAUGGGGAUUUAAUUGCUGUUGGGGCUGAUGGUAGAGGGGGAAGAAUAAAAGUUCUAAGGACUUCUAGCCAAAUUCUCUCGGGUGGUAAGGAAAAUUUACUAAGUUCAAAAAGGUCAAAGUUAGGAGUUAAAACAAGUGGUUUGCAAUCGCAGGGGUGCCUGCAGAUAGAACACUUUUUUGGGAGAGUCUCUCAGUAAUAUAUUGCAAAGAGUAAAGGAAUGCAUCCUUUGUCACUGAAAGGAAACGAUGGAAGAUUAAAGAAAUUGAUUUUUUUUUUUUGUAAAAGUUUUCACCACUGAGUAAUGAGCUUUGGAGGAUUUUGGCUAAACGUGUACCAAAAUCUAGUAGUCGAUUCCCAUGGCUUCAGUAUCUAUUCAAAUGGCAAAGUUGUCCUUUCAAUUCCUUUCACUGUGCUCCAUUUAGGUCUAUCUAUAACCAAAUUCUGCCCGUUUGAAACAAUGCAAUUUUAAUGAGCUUACCAAAGUUUUGAAAUUUGAAGAUAGGUUGACUACCAAAGCUUUUUAAAGAACCUUGUUUUUGGACUCAUUUUUUAUGAUACCUUGUAAUAGCCUCGUAGGUCUACCGAUCUUACAGUAGUAAUGAUAUUUGUAGAUUGUCCUCAUAUCCCUAUCAAACUCAGAAGGUAGAGAUGCAUAUGGAUUAUUUGAUUUUUUUUUUUUUU